UGCACCCCCCGCCCCAUCUCUGCUGCCUCCUUUUCAUUUGCUGCUUCUCUUUUUUUUUAAUCCCGCCUGUGUGCGCCGCAUCCAUACCAAGAUCCACUGACUAGGCUAAUUCCCCGCAUGUCCCCGCAGCUUUCACCGGCUUUAAUUACAUCACUGCCUUAAAUCACAUCUUUAACGCGGGGACACAUCUUGGCCUGGCUGACAGCUGAUCACGAAGGACCACUUGAGCCGUCAUCUUUUCUUAUAUACACACAACGGUGUUUUGUGCCGAGACGUAUUUUGGUGUCACAUUUUUGGCCAUGAGUGGAGCAUCCUGUCGCCUUCUCGUCUCAAGCUGCCACAUUUUUGCUUCUCUCCUCCACCUGGAAGACCUCCUCUCUGCAUAUCUCCCCUGCCUCACACACUCCCUGGCCAUGCAGGAGGCGUGACCCUCCUUCUUCUUCGUCUUUGUGCAACGUUGGAGGAGAUCUGACGCAGAGAAAACGACAACAACAAAAAAGAAAAUCCCAACCUGUAAUUAAAUUAAGAUGUCAGACCCUGAUCCUUCAUCACCAGCUGACCCUCCGCUGCCACUCACCUCCCCCCGGACCCCCCUGCAGCUCUCUUUCCCCUUCCUGAGGGAGGGCAGUCGGGUUUGGGAGAGGGAGAGGAAACCGCCUCAGCCCGGAGAGCUGCCCAGCCCACUGCCCACCAAACGCACCCGCACAUACUCAGCGACAGUGCGAGCGAGAUCAGGUCCAGUAUACAAAGGGGUGUGUAAAAACUUCUCCAGGUCUCAGGGUCAUGGAUUCAUCCGCCCCUCUCGCGGAGGAGAGGACAUCUUUGUCCACAUCUCUGACAUUGAUGGAGAGUACGUACCUAUGGAAGGAGACGAGGUCACGUACAAGGUGUGUCCCAUCCCUCCCAAGAACCAGAAGAUCCAAGCUGUCGAUGUAGUGAUCACCCACCUGAAUCCAGGCACAAAGCAUGAGACCUGGUCAGGUCAGAUCAUCAGCUCCUAAACCAGUGAUACAAGCUGUGAGGCUGCGAAGACAAAGAAGGAUUUAAUUUGAGGUUUUAUGUUUUUGGGAUGAAAGGUUUGGGGCCGGGUCAGAAGAGGAGGACUCAGAACUUGGCCUUCCGCUUGGGCCUGGGAUGACAUGGUUAUGAAAAGUGUUGGUUCAGUUGAGUAUUAGGAUUAUAAUUAAGGUUUUGAAUGUAUAUGUUUGAAUGUUUUCCUUUGAAGGUCAGGGUUUUAUCAUUUCUUUUUGAAUGGUUUAAUUAUAUAUGUCUUGGUUAAGAUUAUCUUAACAGGGCAUGGUGUUAGCAUUUUCACUUUGACCUUGAGAAUCUUUUUUGCUUGGAAAAUGAGUUGCUGUUAGGGAGCUAAUGUUUUACAUUUUGGAUGCUGAAGAGGCUGAAUCUUAUUUUUCUGCAAUUUGACCCAGUUAAGCUACAUUGGCACUCGUUUGGCACAUUACAGACAAGCUAAUCUUUAUUUACAGAUGUGGUACGUGACAGGAUUUUGUUUGUAAAAGUGUUCUUGGUUUUGUUGUACGAGUAGUAUUGCCCAAAAGUGUUUUUUAUUGGGCAAUGCCUGUGCGAAGGAGAACAGUCUGUGCGGACCAUAAAAGGGGCGAAAAGCAAUCCACCUUAAAGCAAUCCAAGGACCCAUCAGCAGUCAUCUCAUGAUUAUUUAGCUUUUAUUAAUAGUUUGAUCAAACAUCAGCUUGCAAGUGCAGUUAAUUAUUUAGCUUUUAUUAAUAGUUUGAUCAAACAUCAGCUUGCAAGUGCAGUUAACAACCUGCUCUUGGAUUUGGUUUCUCAACAUUAUUUCCAUUCUCACUUUACAUGUUGCUCUUUGGACGGUAAACUAUUGCAACAAACAGAAAACAAAGUCUUUGCUCGAAGUCCUUCAUCACUAGCCUGUGGCUACACUGGCAGCCUCAUAAAAGCUGGCCAUUGCUCCCAGAAGCAACAUAAUUGUCGCAUGAUAGCCGAUGAGUUCUGAGAUUGCUUAGAGUCUAAUUUAAAUCUGAUGGGACCAGAUCAGUAAAUCUCUCUUUCAGACCCACUUUCAUGUCGCCUCUUUUUACAACCAAGCAACCUACUGAUGGAAGCUUUGUGUCACCACUGCCAAAAGUCAUGUGACCAACAUCUCAAUGAAAAAUUUAGCCAUAUUGUGACUGUGUUUACAACGACAGACAGAGAAGAAAAUAAAAGGAAAUCACAUUUGUAAAGACCCUUUCUGUUGUCUUAAUGCCAAGGGAGCAGCUGCUCAGCUGUGCCUUCAGGAAGUCAUGUUAUUUUCAUGAUGUACUCAAAAACCCUGCUAGUUCACGGCUGCCAAAUGAAAACGGUGGGAAUUCAGUCUGACAAAUGCAUUUUGCCCUCAGGAGCUGUAAUAAGCUCAAUAGCCUAUAGGGAAUUAUUUUCCUUCUUAGUGUUGUAGCACUUCUGUAUUUUGUCUACUUGAAAAAUGUAGAAAUCCAGUAUUAUUGUAGCCAGCUCCUAUGACGGUCUUCAGUUUUGGUGGUAGAGACAGUAGCUGGACGUUGUGUUGGCCUGCCACAGGAAACCAGGCCAGAGGGUUUGGGGUGAGGGAACAGGAGAGGGAAGAAGGUCAGGAAAAGGGCAGAGGAUGGAGUGAUGAUCUAUGGGUGUAGUGGAUAACAGAUACAGCUUGAUUUAAAGUGAUAUAAAGAAUGUGUUUGAAGCAAGACAUGAAAUCAGCAGUUCUCAAUUUAUGGCUCUUCAGGUUAACUUGAUAAGGUUGAAAAAAUAGUUUGACAAUUGAGGAAUGAUGCCUAUUUGUUUUUAGAGUUAGCUGAGAAGAUGGAUACUACUUUCCUUUACCUACUUAAUGUCAAGCUACUUGGAGCUGUUAGCUUAGCUUAAACUAGCUGAGCACAAAGACUGGAUACAGCUAGCCUCGCGUUCCCUGAAGGUGACAGAAAAUGCACCAGCACCUCUAAAGCUCAGCUAUAAACAUUAUGUCUUAUUUGUUAAAUGCACUAAAAAAAAAGAAAAACGGCAGUCUUUAGGACAUUUUAAGCUAACCACCUGCUAGCUAAACUUUUGUGUUAGCUUGAAAGAGGUAUUGCUUACUGUUAACAAAAAAGUGAAUAUGUACCUUUUUCAAAAUGUUAAACUAUUUCUCUAAUUUGUUUGUGGAGCAAAAAGAAAAUAAGCUUUGAUAGCAAGAAGUUUCUAGUAUUUUCUAUUGUUGUUAUAAAGCUGGUAAAAUACAUUAUUUGCAGCUUCCGAGCUUUCUUUUCUUUUUUUCAUAUUAUGCAAGAAAAAAAGUGAUAAAGAGAAAAAAUCAAAACAACUUUCAGAGAACAGUAUCAGGCUGAGGACGAUGAACUGCUGAUUUAGUUUGUGUAAGUUGGAUAAGGCGGAGUCUUAAUAUGUUUCUACAUGUCACGGCAUAUGACUGUCAACAAAAAACAGAGCAGGAAAAAUGUCCUGUUGGGAGUUUGAAAAAAAAAGGUUAUUUAUUUAUUGACUUAUUUAUCAUUUGUAACUAUGAGACCAUCAGGUUUUUUGGUAAUUAAAAGCUGCAUUUAUAAGUAUUUGUGCAAAUGUAAGCCUCUUUGACUAUUACACUGCACACCUCACUCUAAUGAUACUUCCCUGUUAAUAUCUCUUUGCUACUGUCAUGUCAUCAUCGACAGGUUAAAAAAAAACUACGACCUUUCCUAACAAGUUUCUUAUUUCUACAUAAUCCUUGUGUAUUUUUAUUAGCUAUAUCAUGUACAAAAUAACAAGCAGUCUUGUUUCUGGUUAUUGGCAUGUUUUGUACUGUUUGUGGUAUUUUUUUUUUUUUAAAUGUAGAUUGUGUUUCUUUUGUUUCAUCAUGCAGUAACAGCCGGCGCCUUCAGAGAGACAUCAUCAGGUGUUCUAUGCAUCAUUGAGUGUGACUUGACAACGUAGUAACACACUGUUGUGUUCGGUUUCUUUUCUGUGAGAGAAACGAGUUUGACUGUGUUCGCAAGCACUUUUUAUUUUUGUCAGAUCACUGUGACAUCGUCUUUUGUCUUUAAGGUCGAGUUUGAAUAAAACUUACUACUGUAUUCACAAA